AUGAUCUCACUACGUUCUACCUUGACUCUUCUGGUCCUUCCAGCCCUCGCUGCAGCAGGCAAUGUCUGUCUCGGCGUCUUUGCUGUAGCUGGUCUCGGCGACGCUCCCCCUGACGUCUACUACGUCGCCUUCGCCGCUGGAUCCCCAUGUGACGAAAGUCGAUCAGCUUCGUUAACAGAUACUCUCAAUGAGAAUUGGUGCUCAAUUUCCAACCGCGCCCCGCAGUUCGACAUGUGUGGCAGCACAGCCACCAUCUUCAAUUCAGGAGAGCCUAUUGGCGAUGAUGCGGACUUCAAUGACUGCGGUGCCAAGUUGAGCAUUAAUGGAGAGGAGUUUGAUGGUGAAGUACUUGACGACCUCGCGGAGGAUAACCCUUGCAGUGGUACUUGCAACAACGGUAUUGCUUUUGGUAACAUCGGUGGUCUGAGACACUAUGUUGGUGUCCCCAUGUGCGACUAA